AAAGUUACCAAUUGUAAUCAAUAAUCAAGUUAAACUGCGAUGACUGCAGCAGUCAUUUGACAAAUCGGUCAAAACAAAUAAUGUAUUUUAACGAAGGAGUGGUGUUUUGUAUUUAACUGCCAUUCGUUGUAUAUUAACUUGUAAGAUUUAGGUGCCUUUUGAAAUAUGUGAUUUAUUUCUAUAAUCUAUUGAAAUAUACUGACAAAAACAAUAUUAAAAGCAUGUUCCGAUGGGGUAAGAAGGAGAACAAAGCCAAGCUAGAACAUAAGCUUUACUUGGCAAGAGAAAAUCCGGAGCCUGUCUUUGAUAUUUCAGACUGCAGUGUGAACAAUGUCCCAUCCGGCAUUUACUCACUGUGCAGGGUAUUCCUGAAGGAGCAGCUCAACAUGUCCUUCAAUAAUUUGACCUCACUGAGCGGUGGUGGAAAUCUGAGGGAUUUGCACAUCCUGCAAGUACUUUCAUUAAACAACAAUGCCUUUACUCAUCUGCCUGAAGAAAUUCAAUUAUUAACUAAUCUUAAGGAACUUUAUAUUCAAAACAAUCAAAUUAAGAAAUUGCCUUCAACAAUUUGCCAGCUACUCAAUUUAAUAGUACUGAAUGUGUCCAAUAAUUUGCUAACUGAAUUACCUCGUGAAACUGGCAAUUUGAACAAACUAAGACUGCUUGAUUUGCAAGGAAACAAGAAACUCAAGGAACUGCCCAGGUCAUUUGGUAAAUUGCAGCACCUCAGACAGUUGUAUUUUGAUGCAGAUGGUUUCCAAUAUCCACCAAAGGAUAUUGCUGAACAAGGUGUUGAUGUUGUUGUUAAAUAUGUUUGUGAUGAUAAUAAUUAUGAAUAUUCACCUACUGAUGAUACUGAUGCUUGCAUAACUGAAGAAUAUGUUCCAUACUCCAACAUUGAGGCAAAAAUAUGGGAGAUUGAAAAGAUAAAGGAGCAAAAGAAGGAAGAGUUUCUCGCCAUUGAGAAACAUAACGAGAUUAUGAUGCAACAGGAAUUCGAAUUGGCGAACUCGAUGAAAAUCAACAAAGUGAAGUUGUUGGACGAUAUCCGAUUGCAACAGAAUCAACUCGAUGAGUCGUUGGAUAAAAUCCAGCAGGUCAAGGAUAUUGAGCGAUUUAAGUUAAUAGAGCAACUUCAAGAAGUCGAAAUGAAUUCAGAUAUUGCUAUUAACAAUUUAUUGCAAAUGACCAAAGAACCUUUGGGUCUACUUCUGGAGCAGGAGCGGAUAGAGCAAGAGAAGUUGAUCGAAGCCGCGAACAAAUAUAACGAUAACUUAUGCAAGACCGAAAUCCUCGACGCCAUGGAAGAGAUUCUGAAACAGGAGACUGUUAAGUUUAUGCAGUUCGAUGAAUACCGUUGCGAGACUUCGAGAAGCAUCUUGGAACAGGAAAUGAAAUCUGAUUCAAGGCUAGGCGACUUGCUGCAUUCGCAAGACACUAAAAGCCAAGAGUUGUCGCAGAAAUUGCUAGAAGACAGCGUAUUGCAGAGGGUCGCAGUAGCCGCGCUCCUCGAGAGAAGCGAUGCUCGGAGUUGGAGUUUGGUGCAGCAGGUGAAAUUGAUCGAAUCACAGUUGGCGUCUUUAACAGUUAUCGAGAUGAAGAGAAGGAAAUUGGAGUUAAAUCAUCAGUUGAACGAUUUGGCGGAGAAGCGAAUAAAUUUAUCGAUUCUUUUAAUGGAUUUGUUGGAGCAGCAAGGCGUUAGGAGAUCUCAGUUGCUCGAAACACUGCAAUCUUUGGAAGAUAAAAAAGAGCAAGCUGAAGACUUUUGGUUAAUACAAUACCAGCAAUUACUUGAUAGAAUGCCAGAUAGCAUAGCCGAAUUUCAGAGGAAAUUGAAUCCAUCCUUGAUUGAAGCUCUCAAUAUUGCUGGAUGCAUUCAUUACCUGCCUUUGUUGGCUAAAUGGUCAACAAGUGAAGACAAAUUGGUGCAUGUAACUGAGGAGGAAUUGAAGAACAUCGGCAUUUCUAGUGCUGCAGACCGUCAGAACAUUCUGCGAGCUUUCGAAAAUUUCAGGACUGUGCAACUCGUAUAUCCAGAACUACUUAUACCGACAGCCCCUACUCUUCAAACCUCCGAAGCUAGCGCUCCUCCAGUAGAGACAACACAAUGCUUUUCUACAACCGAAUGCGUUGUUUGUUUGGACAAUAAGUGCGAGAUCAUCUACGUUCCAUGUGGACACUUCUGCUGCUGCACGGACUGCUCGCUGCCUCUGAACGAAUGCCCGAUGUGCAGGGCCGCCAUCGAAAAGAAAAUCCGCGUCGAUUGACUUUGCAGAACGGAUCUCUUCGAA